GACAAAAUGGUGUCUACCUAUUCAAGGAAGAAUAAAUAUAUAAUGUCCUUUUCUUUAUCUUGUGAUUCUCCAUAAAUACUCUUAUUCCCAUGCUCUAAGUCCCUCUCUCUCUCUCUCACUGCCUUGGUCACAACUCAAGGAGAAGAUCAUUGAGUUAAUUAGCCUUGCAAUUAAGUGUUUGCACUUUGCACACAUGAUCAUGGGACACCAAAAACCAGCAUGGUUGGAAGCUCUUUACGCACAAAAGUUCUUUGUGGGGUGCUCUCACCAUGAGAAUGCUAAAAAAAACGAGAAGAACAUAUGCUGCUUAGAUUGUUGCACCAGUAUUUGCCCUCACUGUUUGCCAUCACAUCGCUGCCAUAGGCUUCUUCAGGUUCGCCGUUACGUUUAUCAUGAUGUUGUCAGAUUGGAAGAUCUUCAGAAACUCAUAGAUUGCUCUAACGUGCAGCCUUACACCAUCAAUAGUGCCAAGGUGGUGUUCAUCAAGAAGAGACCACAAAACAGGCAACUCAAGGGGUCAGCAAACUACUGCACUUCAUGUGAUAGAAGUCUUCAAGAACCUUUUAUCCAUUGCUCUCUAGGAUGCAAGGUGGAUUUUGUGCUGAAACACUACAAGGACCUCUCUCCCUAUUUGAGAACAUGCAAGUCCUUGCAUCUAGGUCCCGAUUUCCUAAUCCCACAAGAGAUGGGUGAUGAUGAAACAACUCGUUCAACCAUUGUGGAUUUUGAUGAACCAAUGAGCUCGUCUUCAGGGUCAGAGAACAUGAGCAUGGCUUGCACCGAAAUUGUUAGGAAGAGGCGUAGUGGGUGGAAUGUGUGUGCAACAUCAAUGAGCAACAAGGUUUCGCAUGAAGACAUGGUUACAAGCAUUAGUAGAAGGAAAGGCAUCCCUCAUAGAUCUCCUUUGUGUUAGAACCAUCAUCCGGAGGCGUAACCCUAACUAGGGGAAAACAAAAGGAUUAAUUACUGUUAGUUUACUACAACAACAACAAAAAAAUGUUAACUUUUUUAUUUAUUAAUAAUAGGAUAUUUUGACUGAAGUGGGAUUUUCAAAAUCUUCUCUCCCACUCUCGAAAUUGAAGUCUUUAUUUUAAUUAAUCACUUGGUCGGAGCAUUUGUUCGGUGGUGUCACGUGGUUGCCCAUUCCAAGCAAUGGUACAUUGAUUCAUUU